AUGGCUACUCACAAUAUCAUCGCCGACUCGGAUGAGGAAGAUGAUUUCACGCCAGGGCAAAGUCCGACGAAGCCCCAGACCCCGGUCAUUGCACCAGCUUCCCGCUCGCCCACGACAGGCAAUGGCACGGACUCGACCGAUCCCCGCUUCUUCCAGGCCAUCUACAGCGAACAGCAGCAAGCCGUGGAGCGCGCUGCACCCGUCCCAGCAGACCACUCCUUCGACGCUGCCGACAACACAUCGAGCUCGAUUUCCCUGAACGCACACCUGCAAAAGAAGACGGGCAUAGAGAACACGUCGUCCCUCACGUCUGUCAGCGACCCGGCGCCGAGGCGACCGAGAGCAGCGCACCUCGUCAGCCCCGGCGGUGUGACGCAGCCUUCGCCGCCGGCAGGAAACGUGGCGAGCACGAUGAAAGAUGUGUGGGAUAUACCAAGCAGCCCCGAGGCGACAGCGUUGCCGAUGCCGAAGCGCAGUCUCAUCUCGCACGCGACGGGUCACGGUACCACAUUCACAAAAUACGCGAAUGCAGGAAGAGGCUUUUCGCCAACGCCAGAGGCCGCGCCAUCGUCAGGCCUGAGCGAUCCGCCUAUAGAAGCAAUGCCCGAGAGGAACGACGUUGCCACGCCACCUCAUCCCGCAGACCAGCAGUGGCCUCAGCAUGCGGGCCUCGGGUCGCCAACACAGCAAAAUUCGCCAACCAGGAUCAGCGAGGCACGGCAAUGUCCCGUCAGCGGCCAGAAACCAACGGCGCCGUUGGCGAGCGACAGUCUGUUGUCGGAUCAACCAGCCUCCAUGCCCGGCGUGGCCGCGAUAUGCAUCGAGCCCACGACCCUCAGUACGAGUCAGAGAGCACUCUACCAGUCAUUACACCCAUCGCCUGACGAGGAAGCGAUGCAAGACUUUGACGGCGCCGCCCACUUCAAGCAGGCAAUGUCAGGGAUGGGGUCGAGCGGUGCUACGACGAUUGCCUACGCUACGCCCAGCCAGUGGCGGAAAUCAUCUCACCCUGUCGUGGUCGAGCCGAAGGAAGCGUCAUCGCCGGCCACAAGUCGGAAAAAGAGAGCGCGGGUAUUGGUGGAUGCUGAGCCUGCCUCGUCGCCCGACCUUCUCGCCGUGGAAGAAAGGCCGGGGAAGCGGGGCAAGACCGCCAAGAGGAAAACUGACAAGGCAACUGCGCGACGAAGCGCGACACGGCAGGUAAAGGAUUCUGAUGACGAUGAUGAAGACGACGGGGCAGGCGAAGACGAUGACGACGAUGAUUUCACAGCCGAAGCAUAUCAACCACGACCGAGCUGGCGUAGAGCUAUCGGCGCCCGCCUGCGCGGGGUGGAAGGAAAUGCAGAGGAGGAGGAGCAGAUGGCUGCCAUAGCAGCGGCUACGCACGUGGCCGAGACGCAGAAGACUCCAAUGGUGCUGCUUGCUGCGGAGUCGGACAGUCCGCCGCCGCGCAAGAAGAGAGGUCGUCCUAAGAAAGCAGAAAUGCCGACAACUCCACAAGUCAAUGAACCCCUCAGCGAUGGUCAGCCACAGAUAGUGGAAGACGCAAAACGCCCCUCCGACACGACGCUCCAGGCAGUCGAUGCUUUCGAGACGGAUCAACAUGCACAAGCCCCGCCGGCAGAGGCUGCGAAACCAGGCAAGCGAAAACGAGGCAGGCCACGCAAGUCCGAUCAAGCGGCGACGCCAAAGGCCGCGCCCAUCGAGGUACCCGUCGAGACGCCCGUCGUUUGCGUGGAUGACAUUACAAGCGGCACUACGAUGGACGGGGCGGCAACUGACGGCCCAGCCGGCGGCUUACCUGAUGAGGAUGUGCCAGCAGUCACCCCCCACGCGCGGGGGGAUAAGAGGGCACUCGGAGAUGCCUCUGGCAAUCCAAUCAAAUCUGCUGACGAUGUUGUCAAGCUGGACAAGGUUGAGACGCAAGAAGAGCAUGAGAGAAACGAAAGAGGCGCGACACCGGCCAAGCCAAAGGCAGCAAAAUCGACCGCCACGUCGACGAAACGAGAGCCGCAGCUGCCAGUGACACCACAGGCCGGCAAACCACUGUACCGAGUGGGACUCAGCAAGCGUUCGAGGAUUGCGCCUCUGCUGAAGUCGCUCCGGAAGACAUGA